CAAUAAAGAGUCCUUUAAUUCUUCUUAUAGACCAAGCCACUCACCUCCAUAUUCCACAAUUUCUUUCUCAUUCUAUCUUUCCUUGGCUUUAUUUCAAAGAGAAAAAAGGGGGUAAAAAAAAAUGGGAGCUCUUGAUUAUCUUUCCAACUUCUGUACAGUCACUAGCACAAGAAGCAGAAGGAAGAAGCCAUUGCAGACUGUUGAGAUUAAAGUGAAGAUGGAUUGCGAUGGAUGUGAAAGGAAAGUAAAGAAUGCUGUUAAACACAUGAGAGGUGUAAAAGAAUUGGAAGUUAACCGAAAGCAAAGCCGGGUAAAAGUAUAUGGACACGUUGAUGCGAACAAAGUGCUAAAUGCGAUAAAAAACACUGGAAAAAGAGCUGAAUUCUGGCCAUAUGUUCCCCAUAAUGUGGUGUUGUAUCCCUACGUUGCCGGAACUUACGACAAAAGGGCUCCCGCCGGCCACGUCAGGAACGCUACCGUAAUACAAGCGCCACCACCUUCAAAUGCAGCUGAAGAGAAAAUUGCCUAUCUUUUCAGUGAUGACAACCCUAAUGCUUGUUCCAUUAUGUGAUUAUACAUACAAAUAUACAUCAACAAUAUUUGAUCCUCAAUUUUCCCUAAUUAUGAAGGAUUUGAUUAUGAUCUUGAAAUCGUUAAUCACUCUAUCUGUCCCAAAAAAAUAGUCGACAUUGAAUUUUGAGUACUGUUUUUUUUUUUUUUUGAGGACAGAGAUAGUAUAAUAUAUAAGGCUUAAUUAAUUGUGAUUUACUUACUUUCAUUAUGUCAUACCAAAAUACUACGUUUGUGUGUGUCAUACGAAAUGAAUAUCAUAAAUCAUUCUAGACCUGUCUAAUGGUGCCAGGCACUUUGUAUAUAACGCUCUUUAGUUAGACUUGAAAUGAUGAAAAUGACAAAUACUUUUACUAGUAUAUACUAUAUACUCAUAAAUCAUCAAUUUGAUUAGUUAUCUUGAC